AUGAGUAAUAAAAAAAGUGUAUAUGAAAAAUAUACUAGUGGACCACAUGGAUUAGGUGAUCCAGAUGAUUUAUCACUCAGAAAAGUAGAACUGGAGGUGCUGAUUCCAAAGAAAAUGCGUGAACUAGCAAAAACUGAAAAAUGCUUCAAAGAAGUUGAAGAUUUUGGAGAAUGCUGUAAAAAUAAUGGUGUAUUGUUAGUUGUAAAAUGUAGGGAACAGAACUCCACUCUGAAAGACUGUUUAACAAAAUGGUAUAAUGAUGAUGGUUUCAAAGAAAAGUGCAAGAAGGAAUAUUUGGCAGAGAGAUCAGAGUAUAGAAAGACUGGUGUUACCUUAAAAGAAAAACAGAGACUUGCUUCAUCUAUGUGA